CCCCCCCCCCCCCCCCACUCCGUCACAUCGGGGUCUGUCCGUCGGUUCUGCGCGGAUUUAGUCGACUUAUUUCAUUCCUCGUUAUAUAAUAACACGGCGGCUUCAAACACACACUCAGCGACACACGGUGACCGUCCUCAACCCGCGACCCGAUGCUAAAGUCCUCUUGACAGACUCGAGGAGACAGCGCUGACCUGGAUAACUGCUGAGAACUGCUGUCCCACACUGAGGCAGGUCUCUCAGAGCAGACAGACUGUGGUGUCAGCAGACCUGCAGCAGCAAGUGGCACCCACAUCAUCCUCCUCCUCAGUCGUCCUCCUCUUCAUCACAUCUGGCAUGGCGGACCCCAGCCUCAGGUCGCCCUCUGGGACCCCGCUGCGCUCCCCCAGCUCCUCUCUCACCCUGUCCUUUCCCUUCCUGAGAGAGGGGAGCCGGGUAUGGGAGGACGGGAAGGAGAAGCCGCUGCCUCGGGACCUUCCCAGCCCGCUGCCGACCAAACGCACCCGCACCUACUCUGCGACGGUUCGCGCUCACUCAGGUCCAGUUUUUAAGGGCGUAUGUAAGAACUUCUCCAGGUCACAAGGUCACGGCUUCAUCCGACCUUCCCACGGCGGCGACGACAUCUUUGUUCACAUCUCAGACAUUGAGGGGGAGUACGUCCCAGUUGAGGGCGAUGAGGUCACGUACAAAGUGUCCCGGGUCCCGCCCAAGAACCUAAAGGUGCAGGCGGUGGAGGUGAAGAUCACACAUCUGAACCCGGGCACGAAACACGAGACCUGGUCCGGGCAGAUCAUCAGCUCAUAGGGCCGUGAGCUCCAGGCCUGGUGGGACGCGGCGGUCAGGGUUGGAUGGGGUGGUGGUAAAUGUGCUGAGGAACUUACUUAACUGUGCUCCAACUCUUUAUUUAAAACACGUUUUACCUACACAGCAAAGCGCCCAGUGUUACAAAGAGGUAAAGUUAUCGUUGGCUGAUGAAUUUGCUGUGCAUGUGAAACUCACCCUUUAUUCGUUGUUACAAGAAAGUUACAUUUGCUUUUUUUUAAAAAUUGUUUUUGUCAAAUCUGAGAUGGGAUUGUAAUCGUGAUGAAUGAGGGAUUUAAAUUUCUUAAGUGGGAUGUGAUCAUGGGCCUGUUUUUUUCACUAAGUGUAAGGGACGAAACGUGAAAAUCUGAUGCACAACUGUGGUGCAGAUCUGCAAACUGUGCCGUGACUUUUGAGGGUUUGUGCGCGGAGAGACGGCGACAAAGAGCGGAAUUCAGUUUCACUUCCCCUCUUAUCGACUGUUAUUCAGUUGUUUACAGCGCCAAAGUUUCCAGGAUCACAUGCUGGGUGCAAAUGUGGGUCAGAUGACUUACCACGCCCCGGCAGUGUUUUUAUAUCAAGAUAGACGAGAUACUGGAUCUAAAAGAAAGUAGUUGAGGAAGGUGAGGUUGAAGAGGCUUGAGAGAAAGAAAGAUGAAACGACAAGUUGACAGUAUUAACCCUCAUGUCGUCCUGCGGGUCAAAAUUGACCCGUUUUAAAGUUUGAAAAUGUGGAAAAAAAAUAUAUUUUCACAGUGAAACUUCUGAUGUCCACAUUUUCAACAUUUUGGGGAAAUCUUUAAAUAUUUUUUGGUGGAAAAAAAGAAAUGUCCAAAAUGUUUCUUAAGAACAUUCACAUAAAAAAUCAACCAAAAUCCAGCGAAAUUCGCUGGAUUUUGGUUGAUUUUUAUGUGAAUGUUCUUAAAGAAAAUAUCAGAAGUUUUACUGAUAUAUAUGUAAUCACUUUAGAUAUUUUUAGGAUAUUUUUGGAAGAUUUUUACUCAUUUUUUGAAAAUAUUUACAAGAAUUUUCUUGCCAAAUUUGGGGGAUUUUUUUAAAAUAAAAAUUUAAGGGAAACUUUUAAGGAAUUACUAGAAUUUUCUUCCUGAAGGUUUUGCAAAUUUUCUGAAAUUUGGGGAAUUUUUUCCUGAAUUUUUGGAUUUUUUAAGACAAGGAAACAAUAUUUUUUGUUGCCCAUAAAUGAGGACAACAGGAGGGUUAAGAGCAGUGAUAGUUUUUCAAUUAGAAAUUAAACAGUAAUCAAAAACGCAGGAUGUAUUAUGAAUAGCUCUGUUUGCAUCCUUGACAGCUUAUUUCAGAAAAACUGACUUGACAAAGUAAAGUGUUUAAAUUGAGAGGGAAAUGUGCCAACAUUUGGAAGGAAAUUCGGGAAUUCAGUCAGUCAAAAAGGUUAAAAAUAUGUUAGUUUUCCUUAAAAAUGGUAAGUUUUUGUUGUGCUGUCUUGUUUUUGGUUAUUUAUUUCAGUUAUUUAUUUGUUGGUUCGUUCAUGCGUGUGUGUAUGAGAAAGCGUGUGUGUGUUUCCUCAGAUUACAGACCAUAUUUUGGAUUACACAGUUUAAACUUGCACUUGAGAAAGCUGAAUUUCAACCUACUAUGAAAACUGCCACAGUAAUUUCUGUUUUCAAGGGUCUGGAGCCAUGGACUGCUUUAAAACCAAUUUCUAAGUCUCUUUUUCUAUUAUUAUAAAACCUGUAUCUGUGUAUGACAUAUCAAGUGUGGUCAUUGUGAUGGUGAACUACAUGACUACAUAGUUGGUACCAAUAGAGCUCGUUAUUGUCACAUUGUCGUUUGUUGUUAUUCAGGUUAAAUGCUGUACUGUAUGUAUUUUUCUAUUCUGUGUUCCAUAGAGUCUCUAUGCAUCUUGUCUAUCUGUCAGUGUCACUGCCUGUAAUUGUUCGAAAAUAGCUUUUCUUUUCUUUUUUUUUUUGUCACAUCAAAGGGCACUUUUAGUCGACUUUCUGUGGAUGAGCCACUGUGGUGGUGGUGAUCCCCAUGAUUAUGUCUACAGAGCCUUGAAACAACAUUAAAGCAUUUUAUGAUUCACAA